CCGGUACCGACAGCCACCGCCCUCCCGGUCCUGCCAUGAGCCGCGGCGGCCGCGCCCCCGCCCCGCGCCGCGCCCUCGGGGCGCCGCCGCCCGUCACCGUGGCUUCGGGGCGGCUGGCGGCAGCGGCAGCGGCGCGGGGCGCGGAGCGGGAGGAGCUGGCGGCGCUGAACGAUCGCUUCGCCGCUUUCCUGGAGCGGGUGCGGGCGCUGGAGCGGCAGAACGGGGCCCUGCGAGCCGCCCUGGGCCGCGCCGCUGCCGCCGCCGCGCCCCGCACCGCCGGGCUGAUGCAGGGGGAGCUGCGGGGGCUGCGGGAGCGGCUGCAGCGCCUCGGCCGUGACCGCGACCGGCUCCAGGCCGAGCGAGACGGGCUGGCCGUCGACUUGGUGGCCCUGCGGCAGCGGCUGGAGGACGAGACACAGAAGCGGGAGGAUGCAGAGAAGAGUCUGGUGCUGUUCCGCAAGGACAUGGAUGAUGCCACGCUGUCUCGCCUUGAACUGGAGCGCAAGGUCGAGCUGCUGAUGGACGAGAUUGGCUUCCUCAAGAAGCUGCAUGAGGAGGAGCUGCGGGACCUGGAGGUGAGUGCCCCGAGCCCGGCGGCACUGGUGGAGGUAGAGGUCUGUAAGCCGGAGCUGACGGCUGCGCUGCGGGAGAUCCGCACCCAGUAUGAGAGCAUUGCCGUGAAGAACCUGCAGGAAGCUGAGGAGUGGUACAAGUCAAAGUUUGCUGACCUCUCAGAUGCGGCCAACCGCAACCAUGAGGCACUGCGGCUGGCCAAGCAGGAGAUGAACGAGUCCCGGCGGCAGAUCCAGAACCUCACCUGCGAGGUGGAUGGUCUGAAGGGCAUGAAUGAGGCGCUGCAGCGGCAGAUGCAAGAGAUAGAGGACGAGUUCGGGGAGGAGAUUGGGACCUACCAGGAUAUGGUGGGGCGGCUGGAGCAGGAGAUCCAGCAGAUGAAAGAGGAGAUGGCGCGGCACCUGCGCGAGUACCAGGACCUGCUCAAUGUCAAGAUGGCCCUGGACAUCGAGAUUGCCACGUACCGCAAGCUGCUGGAGGGCGAGGAGAGCCGGAUCACCACCCCCUUGCACCCCGCUGCCUCCUUCAGCAUGAGAAGCUCAGCACUGAAGCUGCAGCCAGCGGAGAGCCCAGCACGGAGGAUGGUGCUCAUCAAAACCAUUGAGACACGGAAUGGGCAGCAGGUGGUGACAGAGUCGCACAAGGAGCGAGCGGAGCCGGGGAAGUGAUGGAAGGGAGCUGCUGUGCCGGCCCCCACCCUGCACCACCUGUUCGGCAGGGUGGCAGUGUGGGGGGGGGGGGUUGGGGGGCUCCGCUGGACCCCACUGUGCCCUGUCCAGGCUGGGGAGCAGCACAUGGGGCGGCUGCCCCUGUCCCCCUCCCUGCUACCAGCACUGGGGCGUGAUGCCGUGGCGCAGCUGGGUGCCUCGUCCUCCCUUGUAUUUAUUGCUGCGUAUCGCCUAUUCAUGUCCCUCCCCGCUGGAGCCGCAGUUGUAUUUCACGGUUACCGAGUGUCCCCCACGCACUCGGGGCCGGGGCCGCCCCGCUUCCCCCUCCCCCCCCGGUGGGAGCUGGCACCGGCUGCUCCGGGGGUUGUGUCCCCUCCCAGUGCCCCCACCCUACGUGGCUCUGGCUCCCACUCGCGGUGGGGGCGGGAAGGGGUGCAGGGCCCGGGGGGGAGUCUCUGGGGGCUGCCCCCGCCAUGUUUGCGUCCUGCUUGAGCGGCAAAUAAAGGCUGUGGCGACGAUG